GCUGAGCAUGCGCAGCGCGGACCCGAGUCAUGGCGGACGGUAGCAAAGCGGUGCAGGCCCGCGCGCUCCUGCAGCAAUGUUUGCACGCUCACCUGCAAGUGCGCCCGGCCGACGGGGACGCCGCGGCGCAGUGGGUGGAGAUCCAGAGAGGAUUAGUGAUCUAUGUGUGCUUCUUCAAGGGAGCGGACAAAGAACUUCUUCCCAAAAUGGUGAAUACGCUGUUAAAUGUGAAAUUAAGUGAAACAGAAACCGGCAAGCACGUCUCCAUCCUGGACCUGCCUGGUGACGUUCUCAUCAUCCCUCAGGCCACCCUCGGGGGCAGAGUGAAAGGAAGAAGCAUGCAGUACCACUCCAACUCCGGGAAGGAGGAAGGCCUAGAGCUGUACUCCCAGUUCGUGGGUCUGUGUGAACAAGCGCUAGCCGCCAACAGCAAGUGCGCCGAAGCCGGGGUUGUAGUGGCGCACGGCACCUACGGGAACAGGCAGGUGUUGAAGCUGGACACCAAUGGACCGUACACGCACCUAAUUGAGUUCUGAAAGGUCCGUUUCCACAGCUGCUGCCCCGUAUAAAGGGCCUGGACUCUACUUAGGUUUUCUCCCCUUCAUCUUGAAGACACAGAUCUGUAACAUGUUUACGCAAGAAAACCCUGCAUCCAAGCUGCGUAUAGUGGCACAUUCCUUUCAUCCCAGCGCCCGGGAGGCAGAGACAGGCAGAUCUCUGUCACUUGAGGCCAGCCUGCUCUACAAAGUGAGCUCAAGGACAGCCAGGGCUGUCAAGAGACCCUGUCUCAAAAAAAGAAAGAAAUUGGGAACAUAAGUGAGUCACUUGUCAAAGGCAACACUAGAUUUUGCAAACUCCUCUACUUGACUUAAAAUACAUUUUUAAGAGUGAAAACUAGGGUGUAGCGGUGACUAGUGAGUUCUUGCUGCUCUUCCAGAGGAGCUGGAUUCAGUGCCCAGCAUGGAUAGCUCCUAACAGUCUGUACCUAAAGAUCUAGGGGAUUGGAGAGCUCCCACAUGCACAUAGCAUGUAAAAUUAAUAAAAAUAAAUAUUAAAAACGUCAAGGUAUUUGUAAAGUGAAAAAUGAAUAUUUCUAAUUACCAGAACUAGAAGUCUAAGGCAGCUGCUGGAACCUUCCUGGUAUCUCAGACUUUCCUCGGUCUGUUCUGAUACUUUAAAUUCCUAUUGCACACACACCCCAAAAUCCCUUUUUUAUGGCUUUCCUGUACUGUUCUAUUUUGGAACUUAAGAAUCAAUAACUUGAGCUCAUUAUCUUUAACUUUUGUUUUAUUGAUUCACAAUACAGUUGUUGAAAUGUAAUAAACUAUUCAUAAGCUUAGAAACCCCACUUUUCCCUAAAUUUUCUCCAAGGACAUGUGCAUGUCUUUCAAAAAGAUUACAUUAUUUACUUUAAAUCGUUUUGACUUUAUGCCCAGGUAAAAUGCUGACUCACAGCCCUAGAUGGAGUUCAAGCAAUUCUCCAUACAAAAACUGCCUGAGAUGCUUGUGGAGAAAGGUACUCCAAGUUCAUGGAAGGUUGUUAAUUAGAAAGGAUGGCAGAUGGGGAAAGCCGGAAAAAAUAAUAGACUUGGAAAUGACUUUGCCUUAGCUUUUGAUAGUUUUUUUUUUUUUUUUUUUUUUUGUCCAAGGGGUUUCAAAAGCCCAUCAAUAUACACAUUUUAUUUUCAUGUCUAUAAUGAAGAUAGCACUGUGGUCAUCCAAUACAGAAGAGUCAUCUCCAUCCUCUAACUUUUAGAGUGGGACUUGUUGCCAGUUCAUUGGUUUAUUGACUAAACUAGGCACAAGGAGAAUUGUUCUUUACGUAGAUGCCUUAUGGCUCAGUUUUCUAAGAUUUUACAAUGUUUCAAACAAUAUACUUCCUAAAUAUUUUUCAAAAGUUGGUUUUAUUUUUUGUUAUCUCAAGCAUAUGUGUCUGUCUGUCUGUCUAUAGGUAUGUCCACAUGAGUGCAGGGGCCCUUGGGGAUUAGAUGCUCCCCUGGAGCUGGAGUUACAGGUGGGUGUGCCCAAUGUGGGUGCUAAGAUAAGCAAUGCAUGCUCUUAACUCCUGAGCCAUCUCUCCAAGCACCCCCUAAGGGUUUUUUAACCUUUCAGUUUAGAAUCUGGGACCCACUUGUAGAAAAUAUGAUAUGUAAGGUGCAACAGAUGUGGUUAAUGUCUAUGACACAUGCAUAUAAAGUAAAAUGAGGGAACUGGAGAGGUGGCUUAGUGGUCAAGAACAUGUACUCUCCAAAGACCAGAGUUCAGCUCCCAGCACCCAUGUCAGGCAAUGCACAGCAUCCUGUAACUCCAGCUCCAGGACUCUGCCCUGCACUCAAGCGCAUGUAUACACACGCGCGCGCACACGCAUGCACAUCAUUUAAAAAAAAAGCAAAAUGAAGCACACCUUUAUCAUUACUUCAGAUUUU